AAGACAAAUUCUUAAAUAAUAAAAACACUUUCUAACAAUAUCAACAACACAGAAAAUAGAGAAAAAAUAGAGACCAAUCGUAGUAGUAAAUCAUACUGCAUGUGUGUACAUGUACGUAUAUUUCUAGAAACUAACACCAAUGAUGAAGCCGGAAGGCGAUGAUGCGAUUUUUGGCGGCGGGCCAAAAAAAGUCUCAUCGACGCCACUUUCAUUGCAACAACGUCGACGUAAAACGAUCUUUCUAAAUGCCAUCGGCCUUGUCCUUGACAUCGACCGCAGCGUCCCGACGCUACGCAGCCACGAUUGCAUCAGAAUGUUCGAUGCACGGAAUACACCCAGGAAGGGUGCCGUUAGCAGUGGAAGUAUAGAGAAGGGGAAAUGUAAUACCAUGUUGAUCAUAGUGGGAGGCUUUACGCAGCUGGACAGGUGUGUCAAUAAAUGUAAAUAUACAAUAUAUGUACAAAAAUGGUUGUGUAAACUAUAUACACAAUAUGUAUUUAUGUAUAAAAUGCACUAUUUACACUGUUACAAAAAUAUUGUUUUUCGAUAUUUUGUCAUACUGUUGUUAAAAGUUUAG